GAAGUGGAGCGCAGCCUGGAGUCGAUGACUGCUGAGCGUGAUGGUCUGCAGCAACGACUGACAUCGACGUCGGAGGAGCUCUCUGAGCAGCUGCAGACAAUGGAGCAGGCGAAGGCGGAAGUGGAGCGCAGCCUGGAGUCGAUGACUGCUGAGCGUGAUGGUCUGCAGCAACGACUGACAUCGACGUCGGAGGAGCUCUCUGAGCAGCUGCAGACAAUGGAGCAGGCAAAGUCGGAGGUUCUGCAGUUGAAGAGGGAAAAUGAGUCUCUUGCCUCAGAGCUGAAGAAAUCUUUGGUUCAAUGUGAGUCAGCAAACGUUCGCCUUAAUUUGUGGAGGUCUAAUGGUAAGUUAAACGAUGGCCAGUCCUUUGUUUCAGAGUAUCCUUUGACGCGAUCUGUCGUAGGUUUGAAGAAGUGA